CAUUUGAGUCAUUUAGUGAGUACAAUUUCAGCACUGCCAACUUAAUAUUUUUAACGUAAAUCAUGUUGUAUUUCACUUACGGAAAUUUAUUUAUUCUCAUAUUCUGUUUUCAAAGUGAGGCGUUUCUAUUUACGCAAACACCGCCUUGCGAUGUAUCAGUAUCAGAAUGUAUGAACUGUGAAAGAGUGGGGUUCUUUCCUACAAUGUUCUGUCCCCAAAUUGAAUACGGGGAGUUCUGCUACACCAAGGUAGUCCACAAUGAUUCGGGGAUAUUCACUAUUAAAGGACACGCAUCAAAAUCAUUUUGUGAAGCUAACAACUACAAGACUAGCAUAUUGAAUCCGUCCUGUAAGACUGGAAACCUUCCGAAGGGAACUGAGUGUAUCGAUUGCUGUAAACAAUACAGCUGUGACCCCCGAGAUCUGUACUGUAACAAGAACAUCAUAAAACCCGAACACAUGCCAUUUACUGUGACUACGAUAAGAACCACGCCCCCAACGAAAGUGAGUACCACUACUGCUACACCCCAGCCCACCACUCCUCUACCAACAACUACCCAAGCUCCGGAUAAAGGACUUUGUCAAGUGUGCGUAGAGAGUGAUGGUCGGAACUGUGACACAUCCUCCAGCAACCAGUACUGCAGUCAACAGAAGAAGUACUGUAUGAACACUAUUAUUUCCGAUCCGAAAGGGGGAAUGAUUGUACUCAAAAAGUGCGCAGAUGAGGUGGAAUGUAAAUGGAACUAUUGGGUGGACACUCUAGGAGAUCCUAAAUGUAACAAUGUAACAGGACCACAGGCCGACAAUGCCUGUAGUUAUUGUUGUGAUAACACAAACGGAAACCUGCCAUGCAAUCGGAAUACCAUACCGACACAACUGUCUACAUUCGAUAAUAGCCAGGAAAAGAAACAAUGCAUGACCGGGACUUCCAAUACUCAAUAUCAGUUGGAAACAUGCUCUUCCGUUGCCUCGUAUUGUCUCAAUACAGUAAGAUAUGAUACAACGGCAAAAGAUCCGGACAUGUAUGUUGAGAAGAAGUGUGCUUAUGAGGCUGAAUGUAAAGGAGAGUGGUGGAAUAAAAGCAGGAAGAGACCGGAAUGUCUCACUCAAAAUUUCACAGGAAUUGCAGACAACAGUGUGAUCUGUACUUAUUGCUGUGUUUCUGAUGGUAGUGGCCCUUGUAAUGGCGCCUCGGUGCCGGAACAGAUCGCACACUUCGAGCCUGUUACCACUGCUAGUACUCCAACAACAGCUACCACCUUACCGACAACCGCACACGGUCAUGGGCACCACAACACGCACGUGCAUACAGACCACGGUCACCACCACACUGUGACUUCCACCCAAACAACAACAGAGAGUACGACCACCACCGCUACCUUACCGUCAACAACACAAUCAAUCCAUACUUCUACUACGUCACCAUCAACGACAACUCAGACAACGGCAACCACCUUGCCGUCAACAACGACAACAACAGCGACAACAACAGCGACAACAAUGCCAACCAGUACAACCACCCCCGCACCAAUAGUGUGCUCGGGCAAUACUUCGAUAGUAUGCGAAGACGACCCUCUGGCUCACUGUGCUACCCUAUUAUCAGUUGGACUUUGCCAAAAGCUGCAGUACAACCCUGAUAGGGAGGACAUCAAGUUUUGUCCGAAAACAUGUAACCUGUGUGACAAAUAUUGCGAGUAUGUCCUAAAACCAAAGCAACCACCGACAACCACACCUGCUCCGACGCAUCAGAUGACUACAAACGCAACAACCAUAAAGCCUCUAACAACGACGAACAAAGCUUCCACUACAUCACCUACCGCCAACAUCACAACCAACACAACAGCAGGAACAACUAGCUCUAACCCUACAACCAAAGCAACAAACAGUUUUAUUCACAAAUCCACAGUCACAACAACAAACAAGGACCAAAUAACUACUGCAACAAUGGCAACAACGAGCACUAACCCCACAACCACAGCAACAACCGCAACAACAACCACAGGAACAACCACAUCAACAAACACAGCAACAACCGCAACAACAACCACAACCAUUCUCACAACAACCACAGCUGCACACCCUGAGUGCUACAUUUGUACUGGACCUGUCACUCUUUGUGAAAACUUGUAUGCACCUCAAGGUUGUACUUCAGACAAACCUUUCUGUAUCAAUGAGGUCAACAAUAACUCAGAUGGAACCAGAACUGUUGCAAGGCGGUGUGCUUCCAAGACAGAAUGUAUACAGAACUGGUGGCUAGGUUCAUCUAGUCGCUCAGAGUGCGCGGGAUUCGAUCCUACAUCCCCGACUCUCGAUCAAUUCUCGUGUUCAUUCUGCUGCACCACGCCUCUCUGUAAUAAGAACAUUGUACCACGUGAUCUCUAUGUCCAAUAAAAUUCAUACAUGUCUUUUGGGCAAAUAAAUAAACCAAUAAAAUGUGGAAAUCAGGACAGAA